AUGAGUGACCAGCAACCCAACACAGACACUCACGAGGACAAAGACACUUCACAAAUCAUUAAACCCGAGCAAGAACAGGAGACUUGUCCUCUAUGCAAGAUCACCGGUCCACCGUCACAACCUGGGUCAGAACCAUCGGAGGUAGAACUGAUUUGGAUGGCAUGUACGAAAUGCGAUACGUGGUAUCAUUCAGCCUGCCUCUUCUUGGGAGAUGAGAAGGUCAGAUCGACGAUCCCGGAUGAACUCUUGAAGGAAGUAGAGGGAAACAGAACAGAGGAAGGUGGGGCAUGGUUUAAUUGGCCUCAAUGGAUCGACAGAUGGUACUGCUACACAUGUAUCGCUCGAGCCUCGUCCCCUUCCAAUCCACGACCACCUCGUCAUCCUCUCAAAGCAACGCUGAAAAAGGGCGUACCACCUUUCGAGACUUCCAAACCCAAGCGAUCGGCAAGUUCAUUAUCCCUCGUUCAGAACGGCCAACAACCCAAGAGAGCUCGUACGAGUAUAAAUGGUCAAAAGAGGGGAUCGACAAAUGAAGAACCAGAUCAGAAUCAAGAGCAUCAUUAUCACCAUGCUGGUGUUAUAGAAGAUGGGGCAGGUAGAGCGACACCAUCUAGCACGGUAGAAGGGGGCGAAGGGUCUGUGAACGAAGGUAGACCGAAGAGGAACGUGAAACAGUUGGAUUAUCACAAUCUAAAUAACUCAAUUGCUACACCAACGAAUCAAUGGUUAGACCUGAUAUCCGAUCCGGGUAAAUACGGUAGAGUAAUUUUAGAUGCCGAUUAUAAAAGUGUACCUGGAAAUCUUCUUUCUCGGUCAUGGCUUGAUUCCCCACCUGACAUCAAGCAGGAAUACCCGCCUACAAUGUUUUACGGUCCAAAGAGAGAACCGAUAAUUGUCAGACCUGAGAACGGUGGAUUUACAAGUAUGGGUGGACAAAUACCGGGAAAGGAUUUGACGGUACAGGAUGUAGCUAAAUUGGUUGGACCAAAGAGGAUGGUGGAUGUGAUUGAUGUAUCUUCCCAGCAAUCUUCUCAGUGGACAUUACAAAAAUGGGCAGAUUACCUUCAUCCCCCUUCUUCCUCCUCUUCGUCGUCUAGUACGACGCGAAAGAAAGUAUAUAAUAUCAUAUCGUUAGAGAUAUCCGAUACAGAAUUAGCGAAAAAGGUCAAACCACCUAGUAUUGUCAGAGAGAUAGAUUGGGUAGAUAAUUAUUGGAACUUCUCAAUCGGCGGGAAAGGUAAGGUAAGGGAAAGGGAGAAAUCUAUGUCGACGCCCAUACCGGAUGAAGGCACCUCAAUGAAUGGUGGAGGUAUCAAAGAAAAUGGAGCGAACGAGGAGUUGGAGGAUUUAAAAGGCAAGACUAAAACACCUUAUCCGAAGGUUCAACUGUAUUGCUUAAUGGGAAUGAAAGGUGCUUGGACAGACUGGCACGUAGACUUCGCAGCUAGUUCAGUAUACUAUACGAUACAUACAGGAUCGAAGGUCUUCUACUUCAUUCGACCAACAACGGAGAACCUUAAAGCGUACGCCAAUUGGUCAGGCUCAUUUGAAAGACAACAGGAUACCUGGUUACCUGAUAUGUGCGAUGAAGUGAGGAAGGUAGUACUGCAUGCGGGUGAUACGAUGAUAAUACCCGCUGGAUAUAUACAUGCUGUUUACACUCCAAUGGAUUCUAUAGUAUUCGGAGGGAACUUCUUACAUUCAUACGAUAUCGACACCGAACUGAGAUUAAGACAGAUUGAAAUCGAUACGAAGGUUCCUCAGAGGUUCAGAUUCCCAAUGUUCGAAAGAUUAUGCUGGUUCGUAGCCGAACGGUAUAACAGUCAAUUACGACAACUACGAGCUUAUCGACCUCGAUCUACCACACCCAACCCUACCAACCCCCUGCAUGCCCGUGUCCUCUCGCAGUUGAUCCAUCUAUGUGAUUUUCUCUUGAACCAAAUUUCGAUCCUGCACAAUCCAGAUAAAGAAGAACGUUCGAAGAAAUUGGUUUGGGAUAGGAUACCUCAUGAAUUGAUCAAGGAUCCAGAAGCCUUGGCGAGAGAAUUGAAAUGGCGUGUAUUGCGGGAGUUGGGAAUGGACGAUCCGUUGAAAGGAUAUAUACCGAAUGGCAUAAAGGUCGAAAAUGGUCAUGCGGAUAAACGACACGAUGAUGAACAUGUGAAUGAGAAAGAGCUGAAGAGGAAGACAGCGAAACUGAGCAGGGUGUUUAAUAAGAAAGGAGCUAGUAGGACAUGGUUGUUCGAUCCACCUAAAUGGGAAGAAUCAAUCACGACUCCUCAGAUCGAAACUUCACUUAUCAAAGUUGCUCGACCGAACAACCACGAGGAAGAAGAAGCUGAACAGAGUAUAUCGACCAUCAAGCAAUCUCGCAGAAGAUCGAGGGAAAUUGAAGGUGGUGGACUGGUAUUGGAGGAACAGGAGAUUGUAUUCAUAGAAAAGAAGACUGCAUGGGGUUUGGAACGAGAAGGACAGGUGAAGAUGGAAGUUGAUUAA